CUUAUGUUUUUGUGAUGAGACUAGAAGCCAAAGAAAGAGGCUGCCUGGAGAGGAAGGAAGACUGCAGCAAGACUGUCUGAGAACUUGCAGAACUCUGCAGCAUCUAGCAGAACAAAAUGGAAGGGCUUCGGCAGGGUGGAGGAGACAGCUGCACCACAGGUGGAGGAGGAGAGAGCUUAAAUCCAGGAUCAUCUACAUUGAGGAUCAUCCUGGUAGGGAAAACAGGCAGCGGGAGAAGUACCACCGGGAACAGCAUCCUUUGCCAGCCCGUGUUUGAGUCCAAGCUGGGGGCCCAGUCGGUGACCAGGAAGUGUCAGAGGGCAACAGGCAUGUGGAAUGGGAGGACCAUCCUGGUGGUGGACACACCCCCCAUCUUUGAGGCCGAGGCCCAGGAUCAAGAGCUGUAUGAGAAUAUCGGAGCCUGUUACCUGCUGUCAGUGCCAGGGCCCCACGUGCUGCUGCUGGUGACCCAGCUGGGGCGCUUCACUGAGCAGGAUGUGGUGGCCGUGACCAGGGUGAAGGAGGUCUUUGGGGUAGGAGCUGAGAGACACAUGGUCAUCUUGUUCACCCGCAAGGAAGACUUAGAGGGUGGAUCCUUGGAUGAGUAUGUGGCAAACACAGACAACCUCAGGCUGAGGAGCCUGGUCCGGAAGUGCGGGUCGAGAUACUGCGCCUUCAACAACCGGGCCUCCGGGGAUGAGCAGAGAGAGCAGCUGGCUGAGCUGAUGGCCGUGAUCGAGGGGCUGGAGCGGGAGCACCAGGGCGCCUUCCUCACCAAUGAGCUCUUCUUUGAUGCACAGAUGCUCCAGCAGAUGGGGGGUGGCGCCCAUGGAGAAGGUCAGAGGCGCUACCUGGACAAGGUACGGCUCCAGGUUGCAAAGCAAAAGCAAGGCCUGAAAAAGGCCAAGAGAAACUGGGUCUUCAAGACAGUCUUCCAACUCAGAGCCUGGAUCGUUGUGAAUUAUGAGCUUUGUGUUUGUCUUGUUUGGUGCAGUUUACUUUUUCUUCUUAUUCUUCUGAUCAUCCUGUACCAUCUUUAA